UAAUCUGAUAUUCGUGAUUAAAUAUUUUUUUAUUUCAUUUUUUUUUUGCCUCCAUUGUUUUUUCUGGGUUGUUACUUGUGUUUGCUUGAAUGCUUUAGUGUUGAAGUGGGUUCUUCUCGUUUUCUUCCAUUUUUUGGUAUUAAAUCCCAAAGGGUCUUGAACUUACCCUUUUUUGGGUAUUUAUUGUGUUUUCUUAGUUGCAAUGUGUUAAUUGCAAAGAGAAAAAGAAAGGGGGUGUGUAAUUUGAUGACUGUUAUAGUUUGCUGCUGCACUUUUUCUCUUUGAAUAUAAGCAGUCGCCUCUGAAUUAUCAGUUGUUUGUGAAUUUUGUUUAGUUUAAACAUACCUCUUUUACCACGAAGGGUGUGGUGGGAUGGAUGAAAUCUCGUCAUUCUUAACUAUAGGUCUCGGGUUUGAGCUCCGGUACGUGGCUCACGAAUCUGGAUUAGUCGGGCAAAUUGGGUUUCCGAUACAAGAUGGUUAUACCCAAAAAAGUAGAAAAAAAGAUGCCUCUUUUAUGAAUAUUUUAAUGAGCUUUUAUGGCCGCCACAUUUGUUUGUGACGACACGCUUGUUGCUAUGUUUAUUAGGUUAUGGCUAAAGGUUAUAGGACAUUCAGAUAACUUCCAAGAAAGUGAAAUCUUUUGAAAAAUCAAACUGAUCCUCUUUUGGAUUUUGUGAUGUCCGUGUUUCAGUAGUGUUUGUUUAAAAGGUUUGUCUUUAUUGAAAAACACCUAGCUUGGUUGGUACCAAUGUUUACAGGAAAUGCAUGUACAUGUUUCCUGUUAAUUGCAUUCGAGCAAAUCAGUAACGUGGUUGCCUUAGUAGUAAUGGAGCAAGACAUCAUCAUAAUUUGAGUCCAAAUUGAUGAGAACCUUACCCUUGACUUUGCCCCUUAUCCUUGUAAACACUUUUAGUAGCAUAUGCAGAUGGAAAUUUAACCUUUAUGGUAUAUGCCAUCAUAUACAGAGGUAGAGCUAUGAUUUGAUGCUUAUGGUUUUGGGAUUCUAGUUUUUUUUAGUUACUGGGUUCUAAAUUAAUAAUUUGUACUAUUCAAUAGAUUUUUUAAGACAAAUACAGGGUUUGGACCAAAGCUAUUUUGUUCUACAGAACCCGUAGCCAAAGAACUAGCUCCGCCCCUGUUCAUAUACAUGCAAAAAGCUGAUGCUGUCUGCAUUAAAGCCAACAAUUGAUGUAUUCAUAAUAGAUAUCUGUUAGUUAGGAAGUGAAUGUUCUGCGAAGCCUCCCGAUUUUAGUAACAGUUGACCUCAGUCCCAGGGAUAUGUUUUUGGGUCAUAGGAUAAUGGGCUGUAUUUUCAAUCAUGGAUGAUAAUUGAUAACAAUCUUUGUACUUAAAUGUUCGUUCGCAAUGAUGGUCCUUUAAUCAUUUUUCCCGAUACUCUACUGCAAAGGCGAGGUUGAUUUCUGCUAUCGCAGCUAUACACAUACACUAUAGUUUCUCUUCUCUGCCUAUGCAGUCUCUGUGAUGCAACUAAGUUGUCGGAGAUCCUACCAGAUAAAUUUAUACAAGUCAUGACUGAAGUUGCUGUGGUUAUAAGAACGUGAUGACUAUUUUUUUGUGAUUCCAAUAUGUAGUUAAUGAGAGAAUUAUGCUUGACUUAUCAUUUAAGCAAACCAUAAGAAUUUGAAAAAUCAGGUCAGCUUUUAUUGCAAGAGAUUCUGUAGGGUAAUAGGGUUAACAGUGAUUAUGUGCUACAGCAUAAUGCUUCCAGUGCUUUAUCUUCAGCACGUUAAUUACUAUUAGAUAAGAAAUUUUAACAGGUCUAUGAUUACUAACUGCAUCAUUUUGGCUUAUAUUUUUAUACUUGAUCUUUAAAUUUUCAUUCUGAUCUUUAUAUGGGUUGUUUUGUAAUUUCAGAGGAUAAUUCUGUGUUGUUUUGAGUUAAAAUGGCUAAAGAUAAUGGCAAUGCUGAAUCAAAUCAUCGAAGAGCUGGUCUCUUAAAGGACCAGGUUCGACUAGUUAAGAGAAAGAAUUGUGAUCGAUAUGAGAUUGUCUCGAUACCUGAUAAUUUGUCAUUUGAGAAAGGAUUCUUUGUUGUAAUCCGUGCAUGCCAAUUGUUGGUUCAAAAGAAUGAAGGAUUGAUAAUAAUUGGAGUAGCUGGUCCCUCCGGAGCUGGAAAGACUGUAUUUACUGAGAAAAUACUCAGCUUCAUGCCAAGUGUUGCAGUUAUCUCUAUGGAUAACUACAAUGACGCUAGUCGAAUAGUUGAUGGCAACUUUGAUGAUCCACGACUAACGGACUACGAUACGCUGCUUAAAAACAUCAAUGAUCUAAAGGCUGGGAAGCCGGCUGAGGUUCCAAUAUAUGAUUUCAAAUCUAGCUCUCGUGUAGGCUACAGGACUCUUGAAGUACCUAGCUCCCGCAUUUUGAUUAUUGAGGGUAUCUAUGCCUUGAGUGAAAAGUUGCGUCCUUUGUUGGACCUUCGCGUAUCUGUGACAGGUGGAGUUCACUUUGAUCUUGUAAAAAGGGUUUUACGUGAUAUACAACGUGCCGGGCAGGAGCCGUCAGAGAUAAUCCAUCAAAUAUCUGAAACGGUUUAUCCAAUGUACAAGGCUUUUAUUGAACCUGAUCUCAAGACUGCACAUAUAAAAAUUAUCAACAAAUUUAAUCCGUUUACUGGAUUUCAGAGUCCUACGUACAUUCUAAAGUCUUCUAGGAAUAUGAAUGUAGAUCAAAUCAAGUCUGCCCUAUCUGAAGAACACACUGAAAGUACGGAGGAAACUUACGACAUAUACCUUCUGCCACCUGGUGAAGAUCCAGAGACUUGCCAAUCAUAUCUGAGGAUGCGAAAUAAAGAUGGAAAAUACAGUCUCAUGUUUGAGGAGUGGGUCACUGAUUCUCCAUUUGUUAUAUCCCCAAGAAUCAGUUUUGAGGUCAGUGUGAAGCUUCUUGGUGGAUUGAUGGCUUUGGGAUACACAAUUGCGGCAAUACUCAAAAGAAGCAGUCACGUAUUUUCUGAUGAAAAGGUCUGCGUGAAAAUUGAUUGGCUAGAACAACUGAACCGCCAUUAUGUUCAGGUGCAAGGAAGAGAUCGUGUUAUUGUAAAAUCUGUUGCUGAUCAACUGGGACUGGAGGGUUCAUACACUCCACGAACAUAUAUUGAGCAAAUACAGCUAGAGAAGCUUGUGAAUGAAGUUAUGGCACUACCAGAUGAUUUGAAAACAAAGCUUAGCUUAGAUGAAGAUCUUGUCUCCAGCCCUAAAGAAGCUCUCUCUCGAGCCUCAGCAGAGAGAGUAGCAUGGAGAAAUAAGAAUUUCAGAGGUGGAUUGUCACAUUCAUACGCAAAUCACAGGGAGAAAAAUCUAUUGAAGAUAGAUACUGAUAGUCGAAGGUUUGAUGACAGAAACACUGAUUCAGCAACAACAUUAGCAAACCAGGGAGCUGUUACACAUUUAUCGGAACAAAUUUCUACCUUGAAUGAUCGGAUGGAUGACUUUACAUCUAGAAUGGAAGAACUUAAUUCCAAGUUAAGCAGCAAAAGAGCUUCUCCGAGCACUCAAAAUCUGGCUUUGCAAACUGAAGCUUGUAAUGGAUCCGGCCCAACUUCUUACUUCAUUUCUGGUUUAGAAAAUGGUUCCUUGACAGGAUCCAUUAUGCCAAAUUCCUCAUCAUCUUCUUUGCUAAUUCCAAAGGAGUCCACACUGAUGGAAGAGCUAUCUAAUGUUGCACGUGGACAACGUCAAAUUAUUCAUCAGUUGGACAAUCUUAGCAAUCUUCUUCGCGACAGGCUAGGAGAACAAUCACGGCAAGCAAGAAAAAGCAAGAGAAGAGAUAUUACCGAUAUUGAUUCGAUUAGAGUACCUCUGAUUGUGACCUUAGCAGUUGGUGGAUUGGGAUUCUUUUUGUUUAAGAGCCUACAAAACAGAAACUGAUUCUUCUUCCCAAUGUAAAACUAUGCAUCAUUGCUCCUAUAGACAAUUUUUAGUUCAUAAGCCCCAUGCUAGUAUUUUGCUUAUGGUACCCUUCGAUCGGAAUGGACUAGUGUUCAUGGAUCAGACUGAUCUGUGUUUUGGGGCAAGAAAGGCAGAUUAAUUCUUUCUAUUUCCCAUUGAGUUUUGUUUAAAGAAGGGGGAUGACUGUUGGCAAGUUUUGUUA